AUGGCCUUUCCGUACCACGCCGGGGGAGGUGGGCCGUCCUCGUUCCCCAUGUCCUUUCAACAACCCCAGUCCCGGGCAUCGCCCCAGCCAUCACCGUCUGGGGCUCAACCACCGCGAGGAGGGUUCGGGUCAGACUUCAACUAUCCCAGCCCGAUGCUCGGGCUGCAAGACGACCAGUUCGACCUUUUUGAGUGGUUUCCUCGCUUUCAAUCUUGUCUGCGGUACUUCCUAGAUCACGCCCAGUAUAGUGGACCUGUACAAGCCGUGGCGGCGUUUGUCAAUAUUCAACUGCCACACCAGAGAGCUCACAGCCCCGUUCUCUCGUCACGAUCAGGCGGUUCACCUUCAGCUGUGCCGUCUCCUUCGGUACGAAGCACAGGCGCACUGCCUCUGCCGACCACGUCAAACAGUGUUGCCACUUUGACUCCCUAUAUUCGACGGCUUGUAGCAACAGGAUUUGACUAUCCGGGAGUGUUACACGGCUUCUUCGGUGACGACUGGGCUGCCGGCAUUGGACACCUUCACGAAAUCGAGCGUCGUAAUUACUUGUUUGCAGCGAAAAGCGGGAGUUGGUUAGACGUCAAACGCCACUACGACAUGGAAGGGGGGCAGACAACCCCAUUCCUUCGCCCACUGCAGAAUGUCAGUGAGCGCGAGAUAGUCAGCGCAGAAUCCAACUGGAGCGAGUGGCUGGCCAUGCAGGACUGGAUGAUAGGACCAAGAUCAAUCGAGCACGACGAUGAGAGAAAUCUUGGGGUGGAUCUCAAGCAGGAAUCUCCCGACGAGAGCCACAGACAUUAUCACGAAGUCGGAUGA